AUGCCUACCCCUAGCGACACCACGAUCUGGCCCUCCGUCGCACCCCUGGUGUUUUUAAUGCCACUCGCGCCCACACUCAGUGUUUUGAAAAAUGUGAAAUCCAUGGAGGCCAUCAUUAACUUCUUGAGGGAUGAGUUGCCGCAGACAGAGAUGAAAACCAUGAUGAAUGUCUGUGUGCCAAAGGCAUUUGGAAUCAUUUGUGCUCAGAGGAGCGCAGUGGCACAACGGUUGAGCAUCAACAUUGUGAUCCGGAGGUCCUGGGUUCGAUACCCGGCUAUGAUUUGUUUAGUAAAACACUGCGAAGGACUUAAGAAAAUUGAGGCGGAAAUGUUCUUGAGGCAGUGUCGGUGCAUGGAAGAAACGGAAACAUUGGAUUAA